AUGAGAUUGCUAGGUUUCUUGGCUACAGGCCUCUCUGCCACACUCUUCUUCAGUUCAGCUUCGGGGCAGAGCACGGUUCCGGCUUGGGGGCAAUGCGGUGGUAAUGGUUGGGGCGGCGGCACUGCUUGUGUGAGCGGCUACACCUGCUCCAUUCUUAACACUCCGACGACCGCUUCUGCUAGGCCCUCUUCAACUUCAACCGCCUCUGUUGCAACUGCCACUAACAUCCGCACAACCUCUCGUGCAUCGACAACUCUCGUGAGUGUAACCACCACAGCAGCUGGCGGCGGCGGCGGCGGCACCGUUCCCACGACUAUUGUCUCGGGAUGGUACUGGAUCCGCGCUGUGGCCUCGCCCAACUUCCACAAUUACCUCCAAGCCAAGCCCACCAGCACACCCAGCAAAGCUUACCUCGAGUCUCCCAGCGGUGCAGGCCAAUUCAAGAUUGAGUCUGGGGGAUACGCUUACGUGGAGCACGCCGGACAUCAACCGCCCUAA